CGCAAGCCAUUACAAUACAUAUCUGUAAAGACAUGUCACCAGUUUACACAGUGGAAAAGAAGGGAUUUCGUGAUCUAAUCAAAACGCUUGAUCCGAGAUAUGUAAUGCCGAGCCGCAAGCACUUUAGUGAAGUAGAGUUGCCGCGGUUGUAUGGAGAAUGCCGACGGAAAAUUGAAGCGGAGCUUCGCGAUGCUUUAUACUUCUCAACAACAACUGAUUUGUGGACAAGUCGAACUACACAGCCAUAUAUGAGCUUAACAAUCCACUUCAUCAAAGACUGGACAUUGUGCAGUAGAUGUCUGCAGACUUCCUAUUUUCCUGAGGAUCACACGGGAGAGAUGAUAGCUCAAAGCUUAAAGGAAGCGCUUCAGUCAUGGGAAUUACGAGAGGAUCAUCAAGUCUGUGUCACAACUGAUAAUGCAACGAACAACAUCAAAGCACUGCAACUAAAUGACUGGACGCGGUUACAGUGUUUUGCUCAUCGUCUUCAUUUAGCCAUUGAGAGAGGUGUAAAAGUGCCCCAAGUUGACCGCGCAAUUGGGGUGUGCAAGAAAAUUGUGAGUGCCUUCUCAAACACUUGGAAAAGACAGCGUGAACUGGCCAUAGCUCAGGUGCAGCUAGGCUUGCCUGCUCACAAGCUUAUCACUGAGAGUCCAACAAGAUGGGGAUCCAGGCAACAAAUGAUCGAAAGGGUCAUUGAGCAGGAAAAAGCCCUAACACAAGUCCUGCAAGCUGACAAAAAGACCAGACAUUUGGCUCUGACAUGGCAGGACAUGGACGUUCUUGAAUCUGUAAAUAAGGCAUUAUGCCCACUCGUAGAGUUUACAGAUGCCCUGUCUGGGGAACAGUAUGUAAGCGUUUCAUACUUGAAACCCGUGCUUUAUCUUUUUAAUGAACAGGUUCUUAAGCCACAGGAUGAUGACACGCAGCUCACCAGGGACAUUAAGGUGAACAUUCUUGACUAUUUGAAUGAAAAAUAUGCAGAUGAAUCCACCCAGGAGCUGCUUGACAUGGCUUCCCUUCUCGACCCUCGCUUCAAAACCACAUACAUAAAUGCAGAACGAGUGGACUACAUGAAGACCAGAGCUGCAGCAGAGAUGGAGAGUCUUGCAGCUGAUCCAAAAAGGCCUGUCGAGGGAGUCUCAGUGCCACUAGCUGAAGAUGCUGGAGAAAAUUCAGAAUGUCCUACUAAAAAACAGAAGAAAUGUUUGGGAAGCUUCUUCAAAAUUGCUUCACGCCAACGGCAAGCUGUCCCCCAGUCAGAAAGGGAGUCCAUUGAAAUGGAACUUAACAGCUAUUUACAGGCAGUUGAAGUGGAUGGUGAGACCAACCCCCUGGAAUGGUGGAGGCAGCACGAGGCUAAUUUUCCACAUGUGGCCAGCCUGGCAAAAAAAUAUCUGUGCAUCCCUGCCACAAGUGCUCCAUCUGAGCGUGCUUUCAGCACAAGUGGGAAUAUUGUCACAUGCCGCAGAUCAGCACUAAAACCUGAGAGAGUUGACCAGCUUGUUUUUCUUGCACACAAUUUGUAAUUUUUUUGUUUUACAGAAUUUUUUAUUUAUUAUUAAAAUUUUUGAAGUGUUUAUAUUUAUUUGAUAUUUAAAAAAAAAAGUUUCAAAAAGAGUUUAAAUUACUCUUGCUCAGGAAGUGUUUUUACAGUGUUUUUUUUAUUUUUUAUUAUUAUUUUUUUUUUUUAGAACAAGCGUUUAGAUUCUGACAUUUUCCCCAAAUGUUUACAUUUUUAUACUUUCUGCAAAAUUUGUUUUAUGUUACUGAAGUUUUAUUUAUUUCAAUGCUCUGAGAAAGUAUUAAUAAUCUGUUCUGAUAUUAAUAAAAAGUAUGUUCUCUUUAAACUACACACAUGUGGCCUAUUUAAUGUCAUGGUGAGGUUGAUCUAAAAGUUCACUCAUUCACUACUAAUGCUCUAAAUAAAAGAAAAAAUAAUAAAAUAAGAUGAGAGCCUAUUCUUUAUUUUU